CUUUCUGCUUCUGUCGACCGUCUCACAAAUCCUUCAUCGCUAGGGUUGUGGAAAAGUGACAGGAAGACAACGGUAGUGUCUUUUCUUUAGGCAUUGGGUUAUAGAGAUAACAAGACAAGAGGAUGGACAGGUUGCUCAAAGAGUGUGGCAGAAUUUCUUCUUAAAUUCGUUUUUUUUCAUGUUUUUUUUCACCCAGAGAAUUCUGUAACGUUGGGACUAUCUUGUUUUAAAUUGUGAACGGGUUUGUUUGUUGGAAGUAAUCCGAAUAAGGCUUUACCUUGAACAACCUCACUAAGUAGGGAUUACUGGAAGCGCUCUGUCUUUGGCACUUUUUAUGCCGCGGGAGUGGCUAUUGGGUAUAUGUCUCUUUUACUGAUUUCGAGGAAUAUGUAAACAAGCUUCUAUUGGAAAAAUAAGGAGGGACCAUCGGUUUUAAACUUGGUACGGACUUCUAGACCAGUAACGCAUCUGUGGAAAUCUGAAACCCUCAUGGGUGGUUGUUAGCUCUCUACCAAAGAGCCUGGCUUAGAGUAUGGUAAGGCACCAGCCACUGCAGUAUUAUGAGCCACAGCUAUGUUUGUCUUGCCUGACUGGAAUCUAUGGCUGCCGCUGGAAACGGUAUCAGCGGUCACAUGAUGAUACUACAAAGUGGGAGUGCCUGUGGUUCCUGAUCCUGUCCCUCACUUUCUUCUUGACCCUAUCCUGGUUUUAUUUCUGGUGGGAAGUCCAUAAUGACUAUGAUGAAUUCAACUGGUUUGUAUACAACAGAACAGGAUAUUGGAGUGAUUGGUCCAUUCCAGUACUUGUUACAACUGCUGCUGGCUUUACCUAUAUUGCAUUCUUACUGGUACUAGCACUCUGCCACAUAACUGUGGGACAGCAAAUGAAUUUACACUGGCUCCAUAAGAUUGGAGUAACAGCGACUUUAGUAGCUACUGUAGUAGCCAUAAUUUCUAUUGAUCAACUGUGGAAGGAAGAAUGGAAUAUUCUUUUCAUUUCAUUCCAAGCCACUGCACCAUUCUUGCACGUAGGAGGUGUGGUUGCAAUUACCCUACUAGCCUGGCUGGUAGCAGGUCAGUUUGCAAGAGCAGAGAGAGCCUCAUUUCAGGUAGUUUUAUGCAUCGCAUACCUGUCUGUUGUACUAGCACUUUAUCUAGUUCCUCUUACUAUCUCAUCUCCUUGUAUAAUGUUGAAGAAAGAUCUUGGUUCAAGACCAGCAAUCUUUGGGCACAGAGGAGCUCCAAUGAUGGCACCAGAAAACACACUAAUGUCAUUCCAGAAAGCAAUAGAAAAUAAGGCUGAUGGAGUACAGACUGAUGUCAGUUUAAGUCAUGAUGGAGUGCCAUUUUUAAUGCAUGACAAUCUGCUGCGAAGGACAACAAAUGUAGACGAGAAGUUUUCAGAAAGAGCAUCUGUACAUUCCUCCAUGUUCAACUGGACAGACUUGGAGCAACUUAAUGCAGGAGAGUGGUUUACUACGAAUGAUCCAUUCUGGACUGUACACUCUCUCUCAGCAUCAGAUUCUGCUAAAGCUGCAAACCAGUCUGUCUGCAGACUAGAUGACUUGUUAUCUCUAGCAAAAGCUAGCAACAUUUCUGUGAUCCUCAACUUACAAGAUUUACCAGUGGAGCACCCAUACAACAACAACUUCAUCAACAUCACCUUGGAAACAAUCAUGAACUCAGGGAUUCUGCAACAUAUGGUGGUCUGGCUACAUGACAAAGACAGACAGCUGGUGAGACAGAUUUCACCAGAUUUCCAGCAGGCAUCAGAGAGCAAGCGCGAAGUUUCAGCACUGAUAGCAGAUGGCAUUUUUAGUCUGUAUCUGAGAUACAGUCAAAUCAAUGUCAAGGAAGUCCGGGAAUAUACCUCAAGAAAUCUAAGCACUAUCCUGUAUACAGUGAAUGAACCCUGGCUAUACUCAGUACUGUGGUGUGCCGGAGUCAAGUCUGUCACUUCAGAUGCUUCUCACAUCCUCAAACAGGUGCCUUCCCCCAUCUGGCUCAUGGUAUGUUCCAGCAAACAGAGUGAACUGCAAAAGAGAAUAUUUUAUUAAGAUACAUGCAAUGAACCAGUUUUCU